GCGUGGAAAUCAUGAAUAUGAAAGUUCUUGGGACCCCAAGUAGCCACAUAGUCAUUGCUCCCCUAAAUUCUGUCAGGCAGAGAAACUGAGGCAGAAGACAUAGACAUUGCCAAGUAUGGUGGUCCACAUCUGUAAUCCCAGCACUUGAGCUGCAUAGUGAAUUCAAGGCCAGCCUGAACUACAUAGAGACUCUGUCUCAAAAAAAAAAAAAAAAAAAAGACUCAACACAUACAAGGUUGCAUCCGGCUUUGAGUUGGGUGCCUGGUCCCUCCUUGGAGGCCUGGUUAUAGGCCCAUGGCCCCAACUUCCCCCAAAGAAGUUUGUGAGAAUUUGAUGUGGUGUGGGGUAGUCCUAAGAGGCCCAGGCCCCACCAGGGUCCUGUGGCAGGCAAGAGCGGGUGGGGUAUUGUGGACAGGAAGCGGAAGUGUUGGGUUGAUAACCCCUAGCUGCAGCUGAGAGCUCUAGAGCUCACUUCUCAACACAUCCAGAGCCAGAGGUGAGCGCCCUGUGAGGAGGCCAGCAGACCAAUGGCUCUAUACUGUGCCCUUGGCCUUGGGAUGCUGCUGGCCCUGCCAGGAACCCUGGGCUCCGGGGACAACCUGGGCUCCAGCUCUGUAACCGUUGUCCUACUGCUUCUGCUGCUUCUGCUGCUGAUCACUGGCCUGGCCCUGGCCUGGCGCCGCCUUAGCCGUGACUCAGGGGGAUACUACCACCCAGCCCGCUUGGGCACUGUGCUGUGGGACCGUACCAGCCGCCUAUUCUGGACCAGCCCUCCAGGCCACUGGCUUCAGACCCAUUUUGAAUUGGGGUCACCAGACAACGCAGAAGGGCAAGAGGAUGUGCAGGAUGCAGAAGACGAAGAUGUUGUGGAUGGCAUGGAGAAGGUUGAAUCCCAGGAAGACAAGCAGCACUGUGGAGCAGGGACCCACCUGGAGCAGGCCCUGGGGCACACUGAGGAAGCACCUGACACUGACGCUGAAGGGGGCUCAGGAGGCAGUGCUGAGGCCCUGUUGAGUGACCUGCAUGCCUUUUCAGGCAGUGCAGCCUGGGAUGAUAGUGCUGGGGCAACAGGGGGCCAGAGCCUCCAUGUCACUGCACUAUAGGAGCCGGCCUUGGUGUCCCAGCCCUGUCGUGGCAUCUCACUGUACCUCCACUUCCCAAGCUACUGCAGUGGAACGCAGCUGCCCGGGACCUGUCCCUACUGGAAACCCCAUGUGGAGCACCUCAGACUGUUACCCCCACGAGUUCCCACGCCUGUGCACCCCCACCCCCUCCAAAAGGUCACCCACCACAUGGGCCCUGGGCAGCCAUUUGAAAUAAAUCCCUCCCACUCUGCAGAGCUGUGG